AUGGUAAAAGAAAAUUUAAUACCCAUAGAAAAUAAAAAGCCGUUCGAAACGGUAUAUGAAUUAAAAAAUGAAAUCCCUUCUUAUGAGGAGUUUAUGAAAACUUAUGAGAAUGAUGCUAAUUUAAAUUAUAAUGAUUUAAGUGGUGGUAGUGUAGUGCCUUGUCCUGCUACUGAUUGUCCGGAUGUAGGUCGAGGACCAGUUUACAAUUGGGUUCAUUCGACAGAUUGGGGAGAUAUAAAAAUAUCUGAUUGUGCUAAUAUGAAAUGUGAGAAACAACGAAAGCAAAUUAAGGAUAAUAAAGUUGUAAGACUGAUUAGUGGUCCGGAAGAUGCGGAGGAAUGUUUUUCGAUUGUGCUACUUGGAUUUGUGGGAACAAUGAAAAAUAAGCCUGACUUUCUUCGCGAAGAAAUAAAGAAAGAGUUUUACGAAGAAGUAACAGAAGGGAGAGGAGAAAAGAUUAUCAAAGAUGUGAUAAAUAGCAAAGAUGACUUAACUCCUGGUUCUCCUGAAUAUGCUGAGGAACUCGGUAGUUUUUUUUCUAGAAUUCAAGGAACAUUAGCUAGCGAAAGAGAAAUUGAAUUAUCUCUCAAAGGUAAAACUUAUGAAGAUAUAGAGGUUGAAAGUAAGUUCGGCAAGGGUAGUGGCGAUAAAGAGGUUCAACGAUCAACAAGUUCCGGUGGUGUUUCGCUAGUUCCGGUAGUUUAUGACUUUUAUGGUGAGAUAAAAAAAGAGGAAAAUGUGCUUAUUCGUAAAACAUUAAGAUUAGGUGAUCGAGAUUAUAAUUCAGCAAAGAGGGAAUUAAUAAGUCAACCAGGAAAAGUUUAUAGGGUAGGUUAUUUUAAUGAGAAGGAGCAGGCGGAAAUAAAUGCGAUUUUUCCUUCAACUCCAACUAGUCAAUCAAUUCGUCAAGAGUUAGUUAAUGAUAUUCUUCAAAAUAUAGACAAAUGGAAAAUUGAAGAUAAAGUAGUGUCUCAUACUUACAAUGCUGGAAAAUGGUAUCGAGGGAAGCCAGAACCAGUUCUUAUUCGGCAGGAUGCGGAGGAGAUAAAAUACGAUCAAUCUACGGGAGAAAUUAUAAUUCAGUCAGGAAAGUUGUAUAGGGUGCAAGAGGAUUUAACCGAAGCAGAACAAAAAGCAAUUGGAUAUAAAUCAGAACAAAAAUUACAAAAUUCAUCUGUCUCCACAACUCAAAAAAACAAUGAUAACAGUAUUGGCAAAGGUGGUAUUAUGGCCAUUAUUUCAGUGGCUAGUGCUUUAUUAAUCGGAGGUCUAGCGGUAGUGAAAAAGCAAUUGAAUAAGAAAGUUAAAAAAUAA